GCCGUAUGUUUUGUCGGAUAUGUUUCCCCGUAACACCCUAUAGGAAACCCUGGGCCGGCUGGACAAGCUUACCCGGAACUCCGGCCGCUGCGGCUGUCAGUUUGGUUUGUGGUUCGGUCCAACAUGGCGGCAGACGGAUGGAAAUACUGAUGACAGUCCGAAAAAUCGCCUCGAUUUGUACGAUGGGCGCCAAUGCCUCUGCUUUGGAGAAAGAGAUUGGACCGGAACAGUUCCCUGUAAAUGAACACUACUUCGGCUUGGUCAACUUUGGCAACACCUGCUACUGCAACUCGGUAUUGCAGGCACUUUACUUCUGUCGACCCUUUCGGGAAAAAGUUCUGGCAUACAAGGUCCAGCCCAGGAAGAAGGAAAGCCUGCUGACCUGCCUGUCUGACCUCUUCAACAGCAUCGCCACACAGAAGAAGAAGGUGGGAGUCAUCCCACCCAAGAAGUUCAUCUCCAGACUGAGGAAGGAGAAUGAGCUGUUUGAUAACUACAUGCAGCAGGAUGCCCACGAGUUCCUCAACUAUCUGCUAAACACUAUCGCUGAUCUACUGCAAGAGGAGAAGAAGCAGGAGAAGCAGAAUGGCAAACUGCAGAACGGGAGCGUGGAGAGCGAGGAGGGGGACAAACCCGACCUCACCUGGGUACACGAGAUCUUCCAGGGAACGCUCACCAACGAAACCCGCUGUCUUAACUGUGAAGCGGUCAGUAGCAAAGAUGAGGACUUUCUGGACCUUUCAGUAGAUGUGGAACAAAACACCUCAAUAACCCACUGUUUAAGGGGUUUUAGUAACACGGAGACGCUGUGUAGUGAGUGCAAGUAUUACUGUGAGCAGUGCCGCAGCAAACAGGAAGCACAGAAAAGAAUGAGAGUGAAGAAGCUGCCCAUGAUCCUGGCGCUGCACUUGAAAAGGUUCAAAUACAUGGAUCAGCUGCACCGAUACACCAAACUGUCCUAUCGCGUGGUCUUCCCCCUGGAGCUGAGACUCUUCAACACCUCUGGAGACGCCACCAACCCUGACCGCAUGUACGAUCUGGUGGCUGUCGUCGUGCACUGUGGCAGUGGUCCGAAUCGUGGCCAUUAUAUCACAAUUGUGAAGAGCCAUGGGUUCUGGCUGCUAUUUGAUGACGACAUUGUCGAGAAGAUAGAUGCUCAAGCCAUAGAGGAGUUUUAUGGGCUCACGUCUGACAUUUCAAAAAACUCAGAGUCAGGAUAUAUCCUCUUUUAUCAGUCACGGGACUAAACCAUCGGAACAGAGUGUGGUCCUCCCAGGGGACUGGGGGAGGCCCACUGAGCCACAGAGCCAGGAGAUAUGGUGGGGGGGCCUGGCAGGAAGAACCGAACCAGAGAAGCAGAGGAGUGGAGUGCAGCGCACGGCUUGAGAGAGAAUCCCUGUUCUUCAAUGCGUACAGUGAAACCCACUUACUAGAACUGCUGGUUAAAAGAAUCAACUGCAUAUUGUAAUUGAAAAUAUUUUCCCAACUUAAAAUUAGCCCAUUUUAUUGAAACAGCUUAAACCACUUACUGUGAUCAAAUUGUCUCUCAGCUUGUGUGUAUUUCAUCAGUUGUGCUUUACCCCCCAAAAGAAUACCUCCUUUGUUUGAAUUUGGCAAACCACAAAAUAGUGUGCUGACACAAUGAGGAACUUUAUUCACCAUUACCGACAUUUCACUGUUAAUACAACCCGUAUCCUCUGCAUAACCUGAAGUGCUGCUGUACAUUGAAUGAUUUUUGUUUCUAUGUUUUCUUAUUUCUUCCAAGAAAUGAACAUACCUCAUAAUCGAAUCAAUCGGAGAUGAAAACUGCUUAUUUGAUCAUAUUGUGAUCAAAACAAGUACAAACGUGAUCACAUUAAGAGGCUUUCACUAGUCCCUGUUUCGAGGUUCAAGUUGAAGUCAUUUUGACUGACAAAACAAUUCCAUAAAUCUUCCCAGUUUUGCACUUCCAUUCACUACAUAGGUCUCAAGUGUACAGUUUGGAAAGAAGCUUAAUUUGAAGUUACCAGUUUUUCUGCCUUACAGGAAGUCUGGUACUGCUUUACUUCCUCGCUCAUUUGACCCUAGCAGUGUUUUCUGGGUAAAAUCAUGUUACAGACUGAAAACAUUCAACAGUCAAUAGGGGAAGCAGCCCAUUAGGUAUUGACAGGGAAGAAGCCAGUGAAGGGGUGGGGAUGAUUUCACAAUCCAGGUGAAAUUCACCUUGGAAGUGCAAGUCUAAAAGUAUAGCUUGAAAUCCUACGUUUCUUUACCCAAGUUUAGUACCAGAUGUCUGUUCUAAAAUGAGAUUAUGUUUACUGAAAUAUUUAAAACUGCCCAUUUGAGAUAAAGAUAAUAAAUGGAUAUUCAUUGCAGAGAGAAUGUAUGGAGCGGUUUUGUUAGUUACACUCACUUUAAUCAAGCCACACUAUAGGAAACUGAUUUUUUUUUAUGUACAAAAUAAUUGGUUCAGCUACUUUUAUCAGAGCAAAAUCUGAAAAUUGUAUCAUUCUGUUUGAAGAAAUGAUUAGUUGUGGUAAUAUGUUAUUUUAAGCGGAUGUUUUAUAUUUGGCAUAUUGAUUUAAAUGUUCAAUUUUGAUAUGCAAGUUAUAUUCUGAUAAUGGUAAUGAUGAGAAAAGGUUUAUUGAAUGCGGCCCAGAUUUCAAAUUCAGCCUCCUCCUCUUGUAUGUUUGGUUUCUGAUGAGGUGUAUAGAAAUGUGUCCUUUCUCUUUUUCUUUCCCCAGGGAGUCGCCUGCACAGCAUGUCAUUUAUUUGCUUAAUAAGUUAAGAUUUGAGAUGUGAAAUAUUAUUAUUAUUAUUAUUAUUAUUAUUAUUAUUAUUAUUAUUGAAGCCUGUGUGGAAGUGAAGAGAGCUGUUUAAUACCUCUCUGUUUCUUCUUGUGAUCUACUUGUACAUUAUAAGGAUAUGCACCUGUCCCAUACAUUUAUUAUGAGAAUCUACUGACUUUUUCCUUUUUUCUAGAACUGUAGUUUAGUAGUUGGUGCCGGACAGUAGUCGAUUUGCUAGAUAACUAGUUGACCAAUACAAGACACUUGAGGUGGAUUAAAAGAGGGAACUUAUGUUUUCUUUAUAGACUUCAAAAAUAACAAUUAUGGGUUGUACAUUUAGUAUAUUUCAUAAUUUGAUUUUGCAAUACAAUAACUACUAGUUGUACAAAACCUUUGCGCUCUCAAAAUAUAUUUUCAGUAUUUAUGUAAUAUAAAGUUCUUGGUGUAAAUAUAUAUAUUUUUUCUUAGGCAAUACCUGUAUACAGGUAAUUCUUUUAAUAACUACAUUUAAAAAAUUAUAUCAUCAAGCACAUUAGCACCCUCUAGUGGACUACAACAAAAACCCUUUUUGCUUCAAAGUGUAGUUUUCAUGCUUUCAUAUUAGCAAGCGGAGAAUCUACCUAAAACAGAUAGUGCCGUGCAGUUUUCAAAGCAGAAAUGUCAGCUGCAUGGAUUUGCUAGGAUUUUCAUUCCUACAUAAAAAGAGAAUCUCAGCACAAUGUAAUCUUUAUCUGUUAAUUGGAUUCAGUUCUGGGACCUGCAUGAACACAAUACAAACCUUUUGUCCACAUGUGGAUCCAAACGCUAAUUCUGCAACUUUCAAUCAAUUUCUGUUUCUUCUGUCCUGCCUUUUCAGUUCUGAAUAUAAAUUAUGAUUUUCUUUUCCAUGAGAUUUUUUUAAAAGUUCUAAAGCACAAUUUGUGGUCUAGAGCGUUUCAAUAAAAUCAGAAUUCCCUUGAGAAUGUAUAUGAAUUGUAUGGUGCUGGAUUCUAGCUCAGUUCACUACCUUUUAAAAAGUUAAAGACUGAUCAGGAGAAGACGUCUUUAUUUUAGAUUAUUAAGAUGUUUAUUUCUUUUAAUCUUAAGAAAUGUCUGUUACAACAUUAGUAAACAUGCCUUGACUUUUUGAGUAUUCUCACUAGUGUUGAAGUGAUCUGCAUACUGUUGCAGAUUUCUUUGAAAUGAUCAGCAUGAUACUGGAUCAUAAGCUAGGGCAGAUGUCCCCCAUCUUUGGUCUGUGAGUAAUUCCCUGCAUCUACCCAUUUCCAAGCAAAACAUGGGUAACACAGCACCUUCCCAAUUCAGUUCUGUGUCUCAUAUUUAUUAACUUUCUAGAAGCUCUCCAUCGUUUUUAUAAUAUUUCUGUAGCUAAAAUCACUGAGAACCAUUGAGUUAUCAAAGCUUCCCUCCCAACCCCUCGUACUCCAUCGAAUCUUCCAAAACGUUGACUUGCAAACGCUUGUAUGUAAAUAAAAGCCACUCUGAAUCACGUCUUCCUGAAACAGAAAACAUUUGGAUUGAAACCAAGGCCCGGUUUGGCAGGGGUUAAGUUUUGUCGCAACCCCUAGUUGAUUAUAAUUUAUGGCCAGUGGAUUUAAAACAAUCACCAUUGUGCUUAAAAAUAAAUCUGCAACAGGAGACGGCAGGUACAACCAGCAGUUAGAAUGAUGUGUCUGGGCGUGCUCACCAAUGCUUGAACGGCCGUGUGUCGCGCCAUGCUCUCAAGACUGGGUUUGGAGAUUGCAAACGUGGAGUCACCUCAAUAUUCAACAGAAUACCUAAAGAAACUCUGUGCCUGCUUUAAUUAAUAGAUGAAAUGAAAGUUUAACUUGGUUUCUGAGACUGUAACUGGAAGCUAGUUGGUAUUCUGAACAAAAUCAGUAUUUUGAUCGAAUUAAAGUCUAUCGAUUGGUUUCUUGAACCCAUCUCACUGACAUGAAAAAAAAUAAGCUUUCAGUGCUUGUGAAUAAAUGCGUACAUGAAUGUUAUAUUUGAAUUCCCUUUUCCUAGAUUGUUUCUUUCUGUUUUGACCUGUUCUCGAUGUCUGCUAUAGUUAGAGUGUAAGUCGCUUAGUUUCAAUUGCAUGUCUGUUGUAUAUUCCCGUUACAAUCGUAUGGUGCUUGCAAUUAUCUGAAUGGUCAUUAACUCUGUUAUUUGUUUGCCUUUGCUUAAUGUGACAAUGUGACCUCCAGCCCCAUCACUCUACAGAUAUGGACACAGAGAGUAGAUGAGGCUGGCAAAGUGGAAAGGUCACACUGUCACACUUUGGAUUCUCCAGACUGACUCAAAGCAAGGAAAGGCACAUUUGGAGAAAAAGGAUAACAGCUCAACAUAGGAGCAACCUAAACUCUUAAGGUUAUUUGUCCAUGAAGUACCGGAAGGGAGCUAGUUGUGCAUAUGGCAAGGGGGAGCAAGGGGUAGAUUUGCAUUGGAAGUGCUGGAAAUGGGUUCAACAAACUAGUUGGUUAGCCGUUACCCGACUCCACCCUCCCUCCACAUUUACAUCAGGGGGGAGGGUAUUAAUGAAGAUAAAAUUUUUAUUAGAAGUUGAGGACAAGAAAUUAAAGUACACAUUUGUAUUAUCAAUCUCAAGAUACUGUACACAGUAACACGCUUUGAUCUCUAGCGUGCAGAAUGCUUGUCUUAUUCAAGUUGAUAUUACCACUUGGGAAAUGUGGAUAGGUAUGUACUGCGUAAGAAAUUUCUUCUUGACAGUGCUAGUUUUCAAAAAAGCAAUUGCGUAAAUAAUGAAGAAAAAUGUAUAUUUCAACAACUUAGAAACAAAUGAAUGUUGCUUAAUGUUGUUUACUUUGCUUUUUGAUUUCAAAUUACAAUAUUUUACACAAUAGUUAUCGUAUUUGAUUGGUGAUAAUAUGAAUGUGAAUCGGAGCAUUGUGCAUGCAAUAGAUAGGUGUGUGUUUAUACUUUUGGGCAUCGAUCGCUGUCUGUCUCUCAGGAUCAGUUUUGUUGAAUUUGUCCACGAGGCAGCACGUUGACUUCAAGAAUAGACAUGAACCUGGCUGUACAUAUUGCUUAUUUCAUUGUAACUGUAAGUAAUAAAUGUGUAUAAAAUCUA